UUUUGAAAGCAAGAAUAUCGUUUUGCUAUAUGAUGGAUGAUAUGGCUCUACUUGCGCUGUAUUUUCGGCAUUUAUGAAAAGUCAGGGUGGUGUUAGAAGUGUUGUUAUGUGCGGGCGUCCUCAAACUGGACCUGUGCAAGGAGUAGCCGGAUCUAAAGGAUCCGAAGUUCUCACAUUCAGCCAAAUCGACAGCUACCUUACACAAAUUCCCCAAACAAUAUCCAAUAUAUCCCUCAAUGCGCUUCCCAUUCCCUCCACACCACCCACUGCCUCCAUUCCGCUCCCUAUGGUGGCAGAUUCCGUACUUAACGAAGCAUCCACUUCGUGAAUGUAAUAAAAUAUUCAAU